AUGGCAGAGAGCAUAAAGAACCCAACAUCGAUGGAGAAAUUGAAGAAUGAGGUGAGACAAGUAGUCGGAAGCAAAUCAAAUGUAACAGAAGAAGAUUUGGAGAACAUGCCGUAUUUAAAGGCAGUGAUCAAAGAGUCCCUAAGAUUACAUCAUCUUGUUCCAUUACUACUCCAUCGACAAUCAACCCAAGACACUACAGUAAUGGGGUACGACAUUGCAUCUGGAACCCGAGUUCUGAUCAAUGGUUGGGCAAUCGCAAGAGACCCAAAGUUUGGGAAAAUCCUGAAGAAUUUAUACCAGAAAGAUGUUGGCAAGAGCUGUUAG